GCUCCACGGCUGUGAAGGCUGAGUCUAGCUUCAGCACCUACUCGGCGUUGGCCGUCUCGGCCACGACCGGCGCUGCGGUGCUGAGCUUCGUUGGUGCAAAGAAGCCGGCUGCCCGCAAGACUGCACAGAUUGGGGUCACCGAGCCGCUGGGAUUCUUUGAUCCCGCCGGCUCUCCGGCGCCAAGAUCACUCCACCGUGCGUGCAUACCGGAGGUGAGUAGUGGAGUGAUGGCGAGACAGUGCACGCCAUGUCUGAAUGACAUAACACAGGAUGACCUUUUCACUGCAUGGAUGCUCAUUUGCACAAUUUUCUGCUAUGUUUGGGCAGCACUCAGCAAGUUGCGAAAUCAGAUUGUUCAUGCACUCAAUGGCAACGGGAAAGGUGGGGCCAAGGGUGCAAAAGGCGCCAGGGGCGCCAAAGGCAAAUCGAAGCCAAUCAGCUACAGCCAGUCUUCCGAUUCGCAGUUCGUCACUCCUUUCAUUCCACAAACUGAUGUGUCUAGCAUUGUGGAUGAUGGCGGCGACGCGGUGUUGGUGCAGGCCAUCCGCGAUGCAAUGCCCUUGGAGGCUCACUUGCGAGGUUUACCCACUCUGCUUUCAGCGGAGUGGGAUGCCCCGGUGCUUUCCUAUCCGCAGUUGUCAGCUCAGGGCGGCAUCGCUUUGGUGCCCAAGACUGCUAUUCCGGGCGUCAUUAGGACUGUCGGCUUCACUGCCCAGCCAACGGCGAUCCUCAUUACUCAAUCGCCGGGAUCUUUGGGACUUGGCUCUUAUCCUCAUGCGCAGAUUGAGUGCACUAUAUUGCUGCAUGAAGGUGCAGACAAGAGAGAGAUUAGAGACCCCGUGCUUGUGUGGCUGCCAGAAUCCACCUCACUUGAGAGAGCUCGGUCCAUGUUGGAUGGAAUGGAGCACCUGGGCAUCGUUUGCAAACGCCGUCGCCCGCCCCAUAGGUUUGCGGCGCGUUUCGCCACGACAGAGCAUUUGCAGACCUUCUGCAAAAAGCAUGCCUUGGAGGACAUUUCGGCCCUUGGUCGCUGGAAGGUCUAUGGUGUGCCCAUCACGGCGGGCAUGCCGGGUGCGUACCAGUUUCUCGUUGACCAGAAAUGGCAGGUUCAUGCUAUCGAGCACUUUGAUCAGAAGAGUCUCAGCUUCCUUUCCACCAAUUGUGGCAACGAUGCGCUGGCUCAGCUUUCGAUGGGCAAGGGGCAUGCCUCUCAGAUCAUUUUCAAGGCCGUCAAUGCCGUCGCCAAGAAGCUCGCAGCAAGCAAGCAGGCCUCCAGCAGCGUGUCUAUGGACACUGAUGCUACCACCUUGUCUGUUGUUACGACCCUUGGAAAGCAGCAGCAGGACUUCUACAAGCUGGUUGCCACUCCGCGCGACAAGCGGCCGCCUCAACACUCGGGCGAGACGCCUGAAGCGCAGAGGCAGCGCAGCACUUGA